AUGGCAACCAUUAUUGCUGGCACCUCAACAUCUUCGAUCAUCCGCACGGGUCUUGUGCACAAGCAAUCUCUUGGAGUCUCAUUCCAGACCGUUGUUGGAUUGCCAUCAAUGGCUAAGGUUGGAAGAGUGAGGUGUUCCAUUGAAGGAAAGCAUGAUGUGCAAGAAAGCAGCCCAAACAUAGGAAUGGGAGCAUCCUUGAUAGCAGCUAUCUCUGCUGCAACCUUGUCAAGCCCAGCAGCCAUGGCUUUGGUAGAUGAGAGAAUGAGCACUGAAGGAACUGGGCUUCCCUUUGGGCUUAGCAAUAAUCUUCUUGGUUGGAUCUUGUUUGGUGUUUUCGGUCUUAUCUGGGCUCUGUAUUUUAUCUACGCCUCCUCCCUUGAUGAGGAUGAUGAUUCCGGAUUGUCUCUGUAA